AGAGGGGGGGGGAGGGAAUUUUGAUGGAGGUAAUAAGUACAUGUGAGAAACCCAGAAACGUAUAGCAACAAGGAGGGUUUGGGGCUGAAGCUGAGAUAGAAAAGGGUGUGAUUUGACACUUUAAGACUGGCUUAUAAUACUUAUCUGCUAUUUGAUCCCAUGAAUUGAUGUGUCGAGAAAUAAGGAUAGGAAGGAUGCUUGAAGAAGGAGUACAUACAUUAAUCCAGGUACACAUACAUGCAUACCUACAUACAUACGUUCAUACAUGGGCUACAGUACAUACAUACAUACAUACAUAGGUUACAUACAUACAUGGAAAAAUAAGAUUAUCAAUUAUAUCAAAAAUAUUUCAGCAACAUUGCACGAAAUAUAGGGUGAAGGUGAACCAUAGUACGACCAAUUGAGUUAGAGAUAGAGAGAGCACAGUGGCACCUUCACAAGCAAACAGAUAACACAGGAGGAGGAGCGUCGUACCGUUGGGAAAGCUUCACAGCAACUCGAGGGAAGGUGACACGAGAUUGUCAACAAACUCUCGCUUCUGUUGGUGCCGUGUUUAACUGAGCGUUUCCUUUCCUAUUAGCUACCAUAACGAGAUGAAGUGAGUGGCAGGGGAGUAGUGAGAUAUGACUUAAAUCGUUGAGGCAGCAAGCAGCAGGUAAUACAGUGAUAAUGGAGCGGAAAGGCCCUCGCGGCGCCAAACCGAAGAACGUCCCGCCGGGGAACUUGAUCACUCUGGGCACCAAGUCAGGCCGCAGUGAUGCCCAGAUAGACAAGACUGCGGGCCACGGCUCAUCCUUCGUCACCGGGAAGACUGCAGGUGCUCCUGGUGAGAGAGGACGAGAUGGAGGGUGUGGCAGCUCAGCAUUAUUGGCCAAAAAGAACAAGCCAGGUUUUGGGGCUGCGUCUGCAGCUGGACGGACUGGAGUUGCCAAACAGGGCAGUGGGGACAUGGUGAACCUGCUAAGUGAGGAAUGGGAAAAUGUAGCCACUGAGGUGGAUCCCAAUGAUUUGAUCCCAUUUAUAGAAGCUGUAGAGGAUUAUGAAGGAGCAGAAAUGUACUUGUGUGGGGCUGUGAAGACUCUCCGUUCUCACCGCACAAAGCCUGACAACCUGCUGUGCUUUUCCCUCAUGUACCUUGCGAAAGUGAAGCCACACCUUUUCAGCAAAUCAGACAUGGUGGUGGAAGCUUUUUGUUCCCUGUUGAAACGGGACCACUCUAUGACUUACAAGUCUAAAGGUAAUGCUGCUGUAUCAGUUCUUGCCGCAAACAUUCUUCUGGCUGCUUUCCAGGAUGAGAGAGCAUGGCCAGAUAUCUUUGUGCGUGUAUAUAUUGAAGAUUCCUUGGGUGAGAGGCUGUGGGUAGAUCAUGAGGACUGCAGGGGAUUUGUAGAUAACAUUGCCACAGCCUUCAAGACAAAGUUGCCCCCUAAGAGUUUAUUGUAUCCUGAUGUUGGGAUGGGCAGCAGACAGGAUUGUCCCUCUCCACCUGUGUCUGGGGGCUCUGGUGGUGGUGGUGAUUCAGGAGAUGGAGACUCUGAGCUUUCCCUAGAGUGCAAAGAGAGUCUGGAUGUGAGUGUGGUCAAUCGCUAUGCUGCCCUAGCCUCAGAGGUGGAGGAAAUGGUUAUGGAAGCCGUGCAGCAUCAGUUGGGAGUGCGUCACCAGAGUCCUGAUACAGUGACAAGAAAUUUCAUUCGUUUCUUAUCAUCAGUGUGUGGCAUCGUGGAGGUGAGGCGGCAAGUGGCUCCUCGGUUGGAGCAGUGGCUGCAAAGUGCUAAGCUGCAGCGUCCUGCCACAGAGCUUCUCAUGUCCCUGUGCCUGAACUGCAGCACUCACUCUCAGUUAGAUGUGGAAUGCAUUAGCCACAUUAUCCGGAUCCGUCUGAAGCACAAACCUCUCAUUAAUCAGUAUAUGUCGUGUCUUAAGGAACUGCUGGCUGCCCAUGCUGACAACAUUCCUUCUGUGAUGAAGCACACACUCUACAAUGAACUCUCCCAGGCCAGAAAUCCCAGCAAUAUGUCCAUACUUUCUGUCAUUUUCCAGUUUGCACCAGAACAUGCAGCCAUAAUUUUGGCUGAGGAAUUUCAGGAAUUGUUGUGCAAUCGAGAAGAUUACUUACGUGCUUUACGAGCUCUUUUGCGAGAGAUUGUUCGUGCCCUCAGACAUGACAUGCAAUUCCAGAAAUUUUGUCAAGGCUUGAUGAAGGACCGCAAAGAUGCUACUUUCCGUGAAUCCUUUGAAUUUAAGGAGCGUAUGUUUCACAGCAUAACAGAUCUCAUUGUGCUGACCAUGUUUGUGGCCAUCUCACCUCAGGUGCGGGAGAGUGGAGGGCAGUUGUAUCGAGGGGAGCCAAGAGAGUUGGAGUCCGUGCGAAGGUAUCAAGAGCUGGUGGCCUGCAUUCAGCGUGAUGCCCUACACUGGCUGUACAAAGUGGUGCCCAAGUGCUACAGCCCCAGUAAGGAGGAAUUCACUCGCUGCCUCCACAAACUGCUCAUGUUUGAGCAGGCUGAGGUUUAUUAUGUCAAGGACAACUGGCCCACUGAGAAUGAUCGCCCGCUGUACUUCCGUCUCACAUCGGAGAUUCCUGUCAAGCAAGAAACCCUGACAAGAUUGCUGAUGAUGGCGGUGAUGAAGGACCAGUGGAUCAAGCCACAAGAUCUCAUAGAGCUGGUAGAUAAAAUCAUCAAGAGAGCUGCUGCCCUGCAUAGUGAUGAUAUUGAAGUGUUGCAUGUAGAUGACACAAAAGUGGUGGAACUCAUCUUUAAUUUGUGUCCAUAUAUACCUCCAGAAAAUUCCCCUUUACCCCAGGGGUACAGGCCACCCAAAACAGCAAUUGCUAAUCUUUAUUGGAAGUCCUGGAUCAUGCUGCUGCUUAUAACGGCCCACAAUCCAACAGUGUUUGGCCUGCUGGCUUGGGAGUCCUAUCCAACUCUUCGCACAUUGAUGGAGAUGUGCAUCACAAACUCAUUUGUGUUCCCUCCCCCUACACUGGCAUCUGGGGAGAAAGGUGAUGAGAUGACAGCACAGGAGCUCCACCUAUGGGCCUUGGAACGGCAACAGAUUCUAGAUUUUGAGUCUCAUCUUGCUCAAAAGACUAUAACUGAACAAAACAGUUUAUUGCUAAGUCAAUUGAUAACUCUUGACCCAAAUGGCCCUGCCAGAAAGCCUCCUCCUAUUGUCCUGGAUCAGCUCAAAGCCCUCAACACAUCCCAUAAAGUUGGUCACCUCCUUUGUCGCAGCAGAAACCCAGACUUUCUGGUUGACAUCAUUCAGCGUCAGGGAGCAUCACAGAGCAUGCCAUGGCUGGCUGAGUUAGUGCAGAGCAGUGAAGGUGCUUUUUCUGUGCUGCCUGUCCAGUGCUUGUGUGAAUUUCUACUAAGUGAAGCGGGAGGUGGAGUUGGGGCAGGAGAAGGAGCUGCUCGUCAUCACCAGUUACUUCAGCAUCUCCGCUCCUUGUUACGUGCUCCACGUCAAGAAGAUGGAGUUAGUGUGGAAAUUCUGGAAUAUUUCUUACGGCGGUUGAGUUCACAGCAGGCAGCAGCACGCACGCAAGCAGUGCGGGGCCUUCAGCUGGUGGUGGCUCCCCUAGGGGACCCCAUGGAUACUGGGGAAGGGGAUGCCCACACCCCACAUGCUUGGCUCCUACAACACCUUCCUAACCUCCCAGGAUUUGACCUGGUGCAGGGUGUGGCCAGUCAGGCCCUGCGUGCUGCUUGUCAAAUAGAGACUGAUCCCCAUGCUGUCAGUGCCUACAUACGCUUCUUGGCUGUGCACACCAAAAAUGACCCACUACAAGAUCAGGCAGAGCUGGUGCAGGACAUGGCUCAGCUAAUUGUGGAGCGCUGCACCAUGAUAUCUGCCAUCCUCCCUGCCCCAGACCGUCCCAGCCAGCCAUUCCCACACUGCCACAGCACACUCAAAGCUCUGCUCAUCAUCUUCAUCAACUACAUGCGUGGGGUGCGGCUGCCCCCACGGGAGUCAUUUAGCUGGUCUGAGAGUCAGGACCAAGUGCGGGUGCAAUGGGCCACAGGGGAGCAGGCUGUCAUGCACAUCCUUGUGGUGCAUGCUAUGGUCAUUCUACUGACUCAUGGCCCAGACAACAGCCAUGACCUCUUCCAUGAACUUCUCACAACAUGGUUCCCUGAGCAAGAGGAAAUGCCUCAAGCCUUCUUGGUAGAUACUUCAGAAGAAGCUCUUCUUCUUCCUGAUUGGCUCAAGCUGAAGAUGAUCAGGUCAACAGUGCCCCAGCUGGUGGAUGCUGCCCUUAAGGACCUGGAGCCGUCUCAGCUAGUUUUGUUCAUCCAGUCAUUUGGCAUCCCAGUAGGCAGCAUGACCAAGCUGCUGUGUGCCUUGGACAUGGCUGUCAACACAAAUGAUGAAGCAGUAGCAGCAGCAGUUCUGGACAAGAGCCACAAGACUUACAUGGCUCAGCUGGUGGAGGUCCAGCAUCAGCGGGGAGCUCAGGGUGGCCAUGCCUUUGCUGCCACACUUGGCGAGCGGGACGACCUGGAUGCCACUGGAGGGGAGCAGCUGCCUCACAUCUCACCACUCGUCACUCCUCUCAAGGUAUCACAGUCACAACAGACAGAGUUGAGCAAAAGUGAGGUACAGUCAUUUGUGCUCCAGUGUUUCACCAAUGAAGGGCUUCACCGGGACCACAAAAAGCAGGUACAAGAUACCAUGAGAGUCCUGCAAAGACAUUUCAGCAAGGAGAUCAGCCGAUGUGAUCCUGAAGCUCCAUACAUCAAGGAAUUCCUGAGCAGCCUGAGUGCUAUAGUGCACAGCGUGGUCCAUGCUCCCAGCUUUUUAGCAGGACUCCAUGACCACUACAUCCACUCUGCAGCACUCUUCCGCCUGCUCAAGAACCUACAUAACAAGAGAGGAUGUGAAAAUUUGUAUGGCUUAGCUUGCCAGCUUGUGUCAAUCAUCCUACAUAAGACCUCAGAUAGGGUGUCUCCACUCACUAAAGUUCUCAGGUCAUUCAAUGUGGAAGAGGUCCCUUGCAAGGAAAUCAAGAAAGAAGCUGAGACUGAAAUUGAUACAUCAUCGACAGAGACAGUCUUGAAACAUCUUACUGCCACUAAGCCUUGUGACUUGGAGAAGGAGAUCCGUCGCACUGUGGAGCGUGCCAUGUGGAGCCGUGACAUCACCUCUGUUACUGGGGCACUGUCUCAACUGCUGUUAUCAGGAGUGUCUAUGAAGCAGGAAAUGGGUACUACAGUGAGUACAGGCACCCCUACAGCCCUUUUACUGGAUUGGCUGCAAGUGUUGGAUCCUGAAUUAAAUGGUUCAGACUGCCUACAACAAGCACUCCUUUUUAGAAAGCGAGGCACUGAAGAGAGGAAGGAAGGUGGGUACAGUCAAGCUUGCCUUCUGGCUGCUUUUAUACAUCAAGCAAGAUGGGAUACACUUGAACAUUGUGUUCGUACUCUCUUGCAUGACUUCAAUCCCAAUUUGGAUCCAGCAUCAGUACUGAAUUUUGUGUGGGCUGUGCUACACGUGCCCAAGCUGUGGCAGGGCCGUGAGCGCCGCACACCCAGACAUGUACCCCAAGAGAGUCAGCUUUCCUUCAGCUCUUCAGAGGUGGUGCAUCUCUCCAGAUACAUGGUGAGUGAAUGUGAAGUAGCUUUUGCAGCCAACAGAGGCCCAGAGUCACUUGACAUUCACCUGCCUCUGCUCCUUCAUAUUCUUACUGACAAUCCAGCACUGUUACAAGCUUUAGCAGAACAUCUUGAGCAAGCUUCACAAGGAACAGCUGGACACCUGUUGUAUCACCUUUACUUGAGGAUGCCACGGAUAAUAUCACAUCUGCCAGCAGGAACUAUAAGCAGGGUAGUUGCUGCUGGAGCUUCUGGAGGGCAGGCACAGGAGAGUCGAGCUGAUGUUGUCAUCCAUAAACUACUGACAAUGUUGGCUGCUCCUCGACCAGAUCAGGACUUUCGACGUCGCAUGUGUGACUUGGAGGCAGCAGUGAGAAAACAAGCAGCCUCCCAUCCCCUGCUGGUGUUACGCCAUCUGCCGUUGUUGGCUGCCUCUCUGAAGGGGACCCACCACUUAAAUCUCAAUGUUCUGCGAAACAGCAAUCACCUUGAGCUUUUUUCUAUGGUGCUAGGGGUGUUAGAGUUGUUACAGCCUCAUCUGUUUGCACCUCAGCACCUCUCAGCCCUCACAGCAACUCUUGAUAGUUUCAUGGCACUUUUCAAAACACACAGUCGCACCCACGAAUUAGAUCACUUGCUGGUGCGCUUCUCUCAUCUGAUGAUGGAAUGGGUUGGCUAUCAAGGUGGACCAGCAGGUACUUAUCUUUGUACCCAUUCUAGCUUGUUGGCGACUCUUCAAGCUCAUCACACAGACAUACCUGCUGUACGUUCCCUCGCUGCCAUUGCUGCAGCUCGGGGCAUGGACCGUCCUAAGGAGUCCUCGCAGACCCAACAAUGUGGGUCUGAUCCUGUUUUAUCCUCAGGAGUACCACAGGGACCUCUGGCUCCUCCAUGGGUUAUGGCUCAAGUGGGGGAGUUGCAGGCUCGGUUGGAGACCACAGGAUUGCCUGAGGCACGAUUAGACAUUCUGAAGAAAGUAAUCGAUUUGCCAGAUCGGUGGGUGAAUGCAGCCCUGCCUUCAUUUACUCACACUUUCUGUGAGGGCAUGGUGAGCAACAACCGAGAGGUGCGUCUUGUGUGUUGGGAUCUGGUGGCCCGCCUGCUGCAUCAGAGGCCUGCCCUAGGAGGGUUGGUGGGCCAAGCAGUCAUGGCUUCCCUCAAGCAUGAGGACAGUGCAGUAGUGGAGGCUGCUCUUGAACAUCUGCCUGAAGUCAUUCUCCUCCUGCAAGAUCAAUCAGUUGAUCUUCUGACUGCUGCCUUUGUUGCUACUCUUUCUGCAUCAUCCUGCUCCACUGCCUACCUGAGUGAGGCGCUGACUCUCCUACAUCUUCAUACUGGGGCAUAAUUCUGCAUAUGAUAGUGCAGAUGUAUUGAAAGUAUAUUAUAAGGUGUACCUGAAAUUUAUCACGAGUAAACUGUACAAAAUGUA